AUGUCAACAACAGCAACGGAGGAUCAGAUGGUGCCCCGGGGAGACAUGUUGCCAGGCACUAGCCAUCCGAAUCCGAAUCUCUAUCAAUGCGGUAAAUGUUCGCAAACGUACAAACGCAUCGACCAUCUUUCUCGGCAUGUGCGGACACAUACUCAAGAGAAGCCGUAUCAAUGCCAUGUGUGUGCCAAGAAAUUUGGCCGAAUUGAUCUGCUAAGUCGGCAUUCCGCUCUCCACAAUGCCGACAACGACUCUCCCUCUUCACGGAAGCGUCGGCGCGGCGCCAAUGACCGAAGUAUACCGGUUCGGACUUCGCAAGCAUGUGUUGCUUGUGCAGAAAACCAUCUGAGGGUGGCUUCUCGGACCAACGAAGGUUCCGAAUCUUCGCCACGAUUAGAGCAGAAUGCGAACUCUGUUCGUGAUACUUCUCCCAGCCGACAUGAUGAUUCGUCGCAUGUACAAAUCGAACCAGAAGACUCUCAUUGGCUGGCAGAACAGCCAGGCCAGUCGGAACAGGUGCCUGACAGCUUUCCUUCGGUAUCUGUUGAGCCCGCAUUAUCCAUCGUACCUCCUGAACAAAUGAACUCGCUAGCCCCUGAGGGGCACUAUCAUCAUGACGCCUUUUUAAACACUCUUAGCUCAAAUUACCCUAGCGGCAUCAGAACACCUCGUAAUUUGAUUGCGUUUGGCCUUGAAACCGAUCUUGAUUUGAGUAAUGUGGACUUGAGCUUUCUUGAGUCGUACAAUACCCGGAAUCCUUUUGAGUUCGGAGAACUUCCACCCGAGCCCUUACCGCUACCGAGCGUGACUACACCUGAGGUUAAUAUAACCAAAGAUGAUAGAGCAAUCACCGAUUCGACAUCCUUGGGAAAGUUGAUGUGGCGAUUUAUUCCUGCGCCUCAGGACCAUGGUCUAGCAGAGCACGAUAAUCUGCUACUGCCAGAUCAGCCCGAGUCGAACCCGACACCCCAGAGUCUUGUCGAAGUCGAGCAUAGAACGACCAACGAGAAGCUGGACUUGUCCUCGCGAGACAAGAUACUGGGUAUCUUUCUCCGCCAGAUGAAGCAGCCGAAUAUUUCUCACCCUUUAUCAUUUCCGUCAGUAGAAUUAUUGGACAGUUUUAUCCAAUACUAUUUGACUGCACCAUUUUCAAAUGUCCGGUCAUGGGUUCAUCUACCGACACUUAAUUUCAAGAGAUCUCGGCCCGAGUUGUUACUCGGAUUGGCUGCGGCCGGUGCUGUUCUUGCACCUGAUCUUGCAUUACGAAAACUUGGCUACGCCAUGCACGAAGUGAUGCGGAUCCAGCUCACAGCCGCUGUAGAGGAAGAUAACACUGCUGCCCGGAAUCUCGAGAUGCAUCAAGCAUUUUUUCUCUAUCUAGAUAUCGGACUAUGGAGCGGAAAUAGUCGGAAGAUUGAGAUCGCUGAGAGCAUCCAAAAGCUGCUGAUCACAAUGAUGCGGCGCGGAGGGUGGUACUAUCAGUCAUCUUAUCCUUUUAUUCCCCUGCCAGAUGAUCAAACAGGCCACUCGCUCGAGGAGGCAUGGAGGACUUGGGUUAGACAGGAGAGCUUCAAGCGACUUGCGAUUCAGCUUUUCCAACAUGAUGCACAGACGUCGCUGGCCAUACUGAGCCCUCCACUAAUAUCAUAUGCCGAGUUUGCCGUCCCACUUCCAGCAACAUCGGCUCUUUGGAAUGCAAGCUCGGCCUUCGAGUGGCACGACUUGUACUGCAAAGAAUUGGCUUCAAUGAACUCCAUGUCUGUGCCCACAGUGAUUCAAUGUGUCGCAAACUUGGACCUCCUUGACUUGAGUCAGAGGUUCAUCGACCUUAAGAUGUCCUGCGAAGCGGUGAUAUAUGCUUUCUGGGGCAUUGUUAGAGAGUAUCGUCAAUUCGACCAAUUACUCAAGAACAAGCCGCGCUAUUGGGACAAUGGCUUAGUCCUCACAUCUCGAUAUCAGGAGCUUACUAGAAUACUUGAUUACUAUCGAAUUGCAUACGAAAAUGAGAGCGCGCUUAGUCUGCAUGUCAUAUUGUUGAAUAUGCACGUCUCAUUGGAAGACGUCCAAUUCCUGACUACAGCUGAACCACAAACGUACCACCCAGCGCGAGCAUCCCUCCAUGAAUGGGCGAACCGCAAAGAAUCUCGGCAGGCCCUGUGGCAUGCAGGUCAGAUAAUCAAACACAUAAAAUUACUUCCAUCGCAAGACCUUCGAGAUUUCGGUGCAGUUGCACUUUAUCAUGCUGGUCUGACUCUGUGGGCAUAUGGUACUGUCAGACGAGGACCUAUUCUCCAACAACCGUCUAUGAUCUCCUCUGCACCGAACAUAGAUAUGCAACAAUCAACUGCUAUUGCUCCGCUCCCACCCUACAGCCGAGACUCGAUGGAUCUUGACCCGAUUAAAGUCUAUGUAGACGGGAUACAAGCAGAUGAUGUAAACCGGUAUAUUGCGCUUGAAAGAGGGACCCCGGUUCUACAGGGCUUUGAAGGUGAUGCUAUGCCAGUACAUAUAUAUCAUCCACAGGAAGUAUUGGAUCUAAUGAUCAGAUUGAUGGAACAAAAUUACCGGUGGAAGUUCUCGCAACAACCGCCUUUGGUGGCGAAUUUGAUACAUUUGAUUGAGAGACAACGUGAUGGUGUGCAAUGA